AUAUAUAUCGUAUAGCUAAAGCUAGGGUUUUGGCUUCGUAAAAGUUUUGUUCUUGCGGAUGAUACUUCUCCGAAAUCCAAUCUUUUUGGUUUCGAAUCGGUAAUCGGAUAUCUUCAACCAUUCUAUUCGCUUAACAAUUCCAAGAGAUCGAGGUGGUAUCAGGAUUCUAAGGGAAGUUAUGUACUCGAGAGGUGGCAAUGCUUACGGCCAACAACAGCAACAACAACAGCAACAGCCGUACGCUUCUCAAUCUUCAUACGGUGGUCAAAAUUUGGGACAUCCAUAUACUAGCAGUUCAGUUGGAGAACACGAUGGGGGCUCACAGCUACCAACUUCUUCUUCUCGGCAUUUACCAAUGCUUGGGGGGCAUCUUGAAUCAGAUGUUGGUGGGUAUAGGGGUCAUUCCUCUUCCGGAGCCCAUUAUGGAGGACAAUAUGGUAAUUUGUACGGUUCUGCCUCAUUGAGUAAUGCCCAUCAGGUUUCUUCAUUAAGUUCCAAAGUAUCUGGACCUUCUAGUAUUCAAGGACGUGGUGCUUAUGGCUCAGCAAUACCAGACUCACCUAAGUUUAACCAAAAUGACUAUAUCCCGUCGGCAACUCAUGGAUAUUCUCACAAAAGCGAAAAAAUGUUUUCUGAUAAGAUUUCAGAUUAUUCUUCUAUGGACAGACAUCAUUACAGUGAACAACAACCUAGCUAUGCUGGGAGGGAUUUACACAAUGAGUCAUCUAGUAGAUAUGGAGACUCUAGUACUUUUGGUCAGCAGCGUCAGGUUCUUUCUCAGCAACAGUUGGACAUGUAUGAUCGUGUUGACAAAGCAUCAUUACUUAGACAAGAACAACUGCUGAAGGCUCAAUCACUUCAAUCUGUUCCUUAUGAAGGGGCAUCCAGACAAGCUGACUAUCUUGCAGCAAGGGGGAGCAAUACUCACAAUCCAGCGGAGUUCUUACCUUAUAGUGGAAGAGUAGAUGCCGAUGUUCGCAAUAUGUCGAUGCUCAGCAGUUCAUUCAGUGUGCAACCAUCUUCAUCCAUCUUAGGGGCUGCUCCUCGGAGAAAUGCUGAUGAUCUUGUGUAUGUUCCAACUUCAUUAACUCCAGGUUAUGGUGUAAGCCUUCCUCCUGGCAGGGAUUACGCUGCAGGAAAAGGACUUCGUGGCUCCUCACUUGAACUCGACUUUCCAAGUAACAAAUUGUCACGCGGUGAUCGUAAGGAUGAUACGAGUGCACAUGCGCGAGGUCUCGACCGAGAAAUUGAUCGGAGGGAAGACGAACGUCGAAGGGAACGCUUGCGCGAAAGGGAGAAAGAACGAGAACAGGAGGAACGUGAACGUCUGCGUAACCGACUCCGAGAAAGAGAAAGAGAAAAUGAACGGAAACGAGAAAGAGAACGGGAACGUGAACGUGAACGAAUUGUGGAAAGGCGUGAGAAGGAGAGAGAACGAGAACGAGAACGUGUGCGUGAACGUAGUCCCACGAGAACCUUGAAGGAUGUGAAGUUGCCACGACGAGAUUCACCUCAUCGUGAAGCUUUGCAUAGGCUUCAAUCACCUGUUAAAGAGAAAGCUAGAGAGUAUUCCUGCAAGAUUUUUGCGUCCCGUUUGGUAGACAUUGAAAGAGAUUAUUUGUCACUGGAUAAGCGAUACCCAAGGCUUUUUAUAUCUCCAGAAUGUUCGAAGGUUUAUGUGAACUGGCCAAAGGAGAAUCUUAGUCUUCCUUUACAUACUCCUGUCAGUUUUGAGCAUGGAUUUGUUGAUGAAACUGCGGUUGUGCCCAACGGUUCACCAAUCAAGUUGUUAGCUGGUGAAGAUCUAAAACCAGAACGUCGCUCUAUUGUGUGGAAUGCAAAGAUAAUAUUGAUGAGCGGACUCAGCAACAAUAGUCUGGAUGAGCUUUCAUCUGAAAGAACAUACAAUGAUCGUGUUCCUCAUUUUUGCAAUAUGCUUAGAUUUGUUGUUCUUAAGAGGGAUCAAUUGAUGUACACCAUGGGUGGUCCAUGGGAUCCUGUUGAUGGUGGGGAUCCAUCAGUUGAUGACUCCGCUUUAGUUCGUACUAUUCUUAGGUGUGCGAGGGAUCAGAGCCAACUUGAUUUAAGUAACUGCCAGCACUGGAAUCGGUUCCUUGAGAUACAUUAUGACAGAGUUGGCAGUGAUGGCUUGUUUAGCCACAAAGAAAUCACUGUUCUGUUUGUUCCAGAUUUGUCAAACUGUCUCCCUUCAAUUGAAGUUUGGCGAGACCAAUGGCUUGCUUUUAGAAAGGUUACUUCUGAAAGAAAGUUGACCACUACCCCUAAAAAAGAGAAGCCAAAAGAAAAGAAUGAUAGGCAGAGAGUUAAGGGUGGUGAAUCAACAACUCCUAUACAACCUAUAGAAGCUGACAAGCAAAAAGUUGGCGACAAGCUGAAAGAGUGUUCGACUAACAAAAAAGGGGACACCAAUGAAAAGAAGGUUGAGAAAGAAGCAGAGGAGGGAGCUCUCAUGAAGAACAAACUAGAAAAGGCUGCUGAAGUUGAAUCUCCAGUUAUUUUAAAGCCAGGAAAGAAGAAAGUUAUAAAGCGAAUAGUUAAACAGAAGGUCGUGGAUAAGGAUAUUGGCGGGAGUGCAAGUAAACAGAUGGCUUCCCAAGAUGAAAAAGAUGCUGAAGUGAAGGCUGUCAACUCGGGUAUUUCUCUUCAACAAGAAGACACAUCUGCUAAAUCAGCGGGUGUCAAAACUUUCGUUAGAAAGAAGGUUGUGAAGAAAACCCCAGUUGGAAAAAGUGCUGAAAAAGCUGAGAUUUUGCAGCCUGAUGCGAUGAUUGAGCCAUCCAAGUUAUCUGAAGAUAAUGUGAAAAGUGAUGCUGGUCCAACUGUGACACCUGGAGAUGCCCCGGUAAAAACGAUUAAGAGGAAAAUAAUAAGAAGGGUGGUUAAACGGAAGGUAACAGUGGGAGAAGCCACCGAGAAAGUUUCUGUUACAAAAGAUGACAGCAAAGAGGCAACCAUAGAAGGAAAAAAAGAGACAGUGGCUUCUGGUGACCAGAUGAUUGUGGAGAAACAAGAUAAGGAUGUCGAUACCAAAAAAGCGCAUGAGUUACUGACCCCUGCGAAGCAAGGAAGGAGUAAUGAGAAGCUUACAGUUAAAAAAAGUACCUCCGAUCCAAAGACUGGCAAUGGGAGUGAGAAGCAAAAGGCUUCUAAUAAAGGGCAUCAUGUUGAUAAGAAGGAAAAGCCAAAAGAAAAGGAGAAAGCGAAGGAUAGUAAAGAUAAAACCAAUGGAAAAUCAAUCAAGGAGGUUUCAGAAAAGAAAAGGCUUGAAGAACCUCCACGUCACCCAGGCUUUAUUCUCCGAACAAAUGGCAGCAAAGAUUCUAAACUGAGGUCAAUAUCUCUAUCGCUGGAUUCACUUUUGGACUAUACUGACAAGGAUAUUGAGGAAUCAAACUUUGAGCUUUCUCUGUUUGCGGAAACAUUGAGUGAAAUGCUGCAAUAUCAAAUGGGAAGCCGUAUUCUAUUGUUUCUCCAGCAAGUACGCAUAAAAUUUCUGAGGAAGAGGUACCAAAGGAAAAGACAAAGGGAAGAGAAUUCAAAAGAAACUGACCAGAAAUCAUCAGAAAAACGUCCAAAGACUGAUGAUUCUAAACCUGCUAAAGUAGAUGCAGAUGGUGAAGCUCAUCCGGAUGAGAAGAGUGUUCCUAAGGACACCACUCCCAUUGAUAAUGUAAUGGGUAAUAGUGAAGAAGAUCCCAAGGAAUAUGAUGAUAAUGCAGAAGAAGAUCCAGAAGAGGAUCCUGAAGAGGAUCCUGAAGAAGAUCCUGAAGAAGAUCCCGAAGAGGAUCCAGAGGAGGAUGAAGAGAUGCAGGAAUGCAAUGCCGAAAACAACUUAUCAAAUCAGGAAGAUGCUGAAGUUCUCAAGAAAGAUGAAGACUCUAUUGUUAAACCUGAACCAGUGGAUAAUCUGAAAGAUGAAGCCGGAAGUUCCAAGGAAAACCAGGACAUAAAGCCCAUAGUACAUUCUUCGAAUAAGGAAAAGGGAAAUGCUGUAGAUGAUGUGAAAUCUGAAAAGGGGAGUAGUUCAGAGGAAAAAAAGUCAAAGCAUUCUGAGAUAGAAAAGCAAGUGACAAAAAAUAAAAUGGCCCCAGCUAGUGUUGACAAGGAAUUACUGAAGGCAUUCAGGUAUUUUGAUCGUAACAGAGCUGGAUACAUUAGGGUUGAAGAUAUGAGGUUGAUAAUACACAACUUGGGGAAUUUCCUAUCUCAUAGGGAUGUAAAGGAGCUUGUGCAGAGUGCACUUCUGGAGAGCAACACUGGGAGGGAUGAUCGAAUACUCUACAAUAAGCUUCUUGUCAGCAACAGAUUCUGAUGCAAUUUGUAUUGCUUGUUUUCUGCUUCCUUCUUAACAGGAUAUUUCUAAAUAAUGUUACAUUUCUUUCUUUUGAGGCCCUAUUCUAGAUGAUUUGUCUACUCUACUUUACAUUUUUCUAUUAUUAUUAUUGUUAGUUCUUUUAACUUCAGUUAUAUUGGAGAGAUUUGCAAAAAUAUGAUCAGUUUGUUUAAUGUUCAAAAAUUACUUUAUCAUAA